AUCAUGCAGGCUCCGGGGCGGGACUUCAGGCGGCGCUCCUCUCAGACUAUAAAUAGCAGCCCCCGUCCUCCUCCUCAGGCAACACAGUCGGCUACUACAGGAGAGAAUCUGCUUUUCAAACCGGAAAAUAAACACAAAAGGUGAAGCAUGGCUCGUACCAAGCAGACCGCUCGUAAAUCCACCGGAGGAAAGGCGCCGAGGAAGCAGCUGGCCACCAAGGCUGCCAGGAAAAGCGCGCCCUCCACCGGCGGAGUGAAGAAGCCCCACAGAUACAGGUAUGUUUGGUCAGAAGUUUCUCUUGCGCCUGUUCCUGUUGUGGUUCAGUGUUUUUUUAAUGUAGCAUUUUGUCUUCAUAGGCCCGGCACUGUCGCCCUGCGUGAGAUCCGUCGUUACCAGAAGUCGACCGAGCUGCUCAUCAGGAAGCUGCCCUUCCAGCGUCUCGUCAGGGAAAUUGCUCAGGAUUUCAAGACAGAUCUGCGUUUCCAGAGUGCAGCCAUCGGUGCUCUGCAGGAAGCCAGCGAGGCCUACUUGGUGGGACUCUUCGAGGACACUAACCUGUGCGCCAUCCACGCGAAGAGGGUCACCAUCAUGCCCAAGGACAUCCAGCUGGCCAGGCGAAUUAGAGGGGAGCGUGCAUAAAUGAUUGGAUUUUAUCUUUUUAACAUAGGGGGUGGGAGGGGCUGUCUGGGGUUUUGUUUUGUAAAUCUUGAACUCUUACCAGCAUGUGUAUCACCUGACUUGUCGUCUGUAGUUUCAGGCAUGUUUUUUUUUGUACUUCAUUUGUCAUUUUACUCGACUUCAUUCUCACUUGUCCUAAUAACUGUAGAAUAGAGCUUCAUAUCUGUAAAUUCUGAAACCAUAUUUCACUGCCUUUCUCAGGUUUGCAAGUCUAUUUUAGAAUCUGUACCUUUAACCCUGUGUGUGCAUGUCAUAGGGUUUCUCGUGCUGUAAAUAAACUAUCCGCUACCUCAAA